CUGCCUGCCUGUAUUUGGAAGAAGAGACCCGCCCACCUUAAUAAAGACUGGACCUUCUCUCCCAAUCCAGACAAAAGAAGAGAGAUCCGCGGCAGCACGCACUGAGCCGAGCAUCUUAGCACCUUGGAGACGCCACGGGUUUGAUCCGACGCGCAAGAACGCACCGGCACACACGCCCUCCAGAUCCACCUGAAUCCUCCAAGCCGGUUAAUUGUCCUGUUUGAACGCCGAGGAAAGGGAGUCUGAGCCCCGGUUCAUUCGCAGCCAGAACACCGUGUUCCCAUGAUGUCAUACCUGUGGAUUCUGUUAUUAGGGAGCCUGCUGGCUGCAAGCGCCAAGGCACAAGAUGAUGUAGCCCCAACAGAGGAGGCAGCAACUCCUGGGACCUCAGCCCCUGAAGAAGACGAUGCGCCAGAAGUCAACAGAGAACCUGCUGCUGACGAGGAAACUGACCAUACAGCUGAGGAAAUACCAUCAGUGGUGAUUGAGCCUGAGGCCACUGCUGAGCCUGAUGCCGGAGUCGAUGAACCACUGAAUCCUGCCGAUGGAGACACAGAACCAACGAUUCCUGCAGAAGAGGAUGAAGAAUCAGUAACUCCUGCAGAAGGGGAUGCAGAACCAGCGACUCCUGCAGAAGGGGAUGCAGAAUCAGUGACUCCUGCAGAAGGGGAUGCAGAAUCAGUGACUCCUGCAGAAGGGGAUGCAGAACCAGUAACUCCUGCUGAUGGAGACGCAGAACCAGUGACUCCUGCAGCAGCAGCAGACACAGAGGCAGAAGCAGCUGCAACAACACAAGAGCCUGCAGCUGAUCCAGAGUUUAAGGAUACAGAGACUGAGCAACCAUCUGCCAAUGAAGAGGAGGAACCUACCCCAACACCUGCUCAGGAGAGUGGACAUGAUGAUGAGGCCACACCAGAGACAGAUCCAGCUGCAAAAGAUAAUGAGGAAGAACCAACUGUUCCAGCUGCUGAUGCAGAGCAAAUGGAAAAACUAGUGCCAGUCCUUGACCCUACAGUUAAAGUGGAGGUGGCUGAACCUGAGGUGAAAGCAGAUGCAGGAUUGAACUUGAAAGAUGCUCUGCCAGGAGGGACUGCAGUGGACCACCAGGCACAGCCAGGAAAGAGCCGCAGUUCUGAACUUGAGGGCACUGAUGGAGAUACGGCACAUUCUGCUGGUGCCACAGGAGAUGCCAACAAACCUGAAGCCCAAGAGGCAAGCUCCGCCUCUUUAGCAGGCAUCGUGAGUUCAGUUGCAGUGGCUGUAGUGGGAGCAGUCGUUGGAUACUUCACCUAUCAGAAGAAGAAACUGUGCUUCAAAAAUAGACAGGAAGCAGAUCCAGAAGCUGCACGCAAAGCUGAUGCAGCAGAGGCUCAGUCAGAUCCGCAGGUCCUUAGCAACCUGCUGAACUCCUCCUAGACCAGCAAUGAUCACAUGACUGCCUGGACCAACUACAGGCAAGCAAAGUGGCGAUCUCACUGUUAGGCUCUAUCUUCUGUAGAGCUAGAUUACUGUGAGGCCCCAGAGUAGGGCUGUGUGUGUUUCUGUCUGUUGGAUUGUGUAUGUAUGUUGGUCUGUGUGAACGUGCAUGUGUGUCUGUAUGUGUGUGUGUAUGUGUGUUCAUUCUUGUGUGUGUGCAUAUAUGUGGGGAAAAUGAGUUAGAUAAGAAAAAGAAAGUAAAUACAUGUCUGGAACCUUAGGGUUUUUAUGAUUGUUACAACAUAGGACAGAAUUUAAUAAAAUGAUUGGUCAAACUUUCUACUUUAAACCAAAUCCAGCAACUUUUUUUGUGGUGGACAUUGAGUGGACAUUAAAGAGAUUCAAUCUCAAAUUCAGUGUGACCAUGAGAUGGCUAAAUUAUAGAACUACCUUUUUUAUUUUAUUUGUAUGGCUACUAUCCAGUUCUAGUAAUUCAGUGUGGAUAUAAACCAGUGACAGAUAUUGAUGUUGUAAACGUUUAACUUUGUAAUUUUCUGCAGUACAAAUGCAGGAUAAAUGAAUAACAGGGGGCUUCAAUAACUACCACUGUGUUUCCUGGAUUCUGGUUAGGAAAAACAGUAUAAGAUUAUAAUCCUAGGAUUCUGGGGACGCUGUUACGUGGUCCAUCGCGUGUUCAGUGGGCCACUGAUGUCACUGUGUGUGUGUAUGUGUUUGUGUGUGUGUCUUUUUUGAUUGGUGAAGGGGCUUAGUUUUAAAUCAUGUUGGGUGACUUCCACUACGACUUAGUCAGUUCGAUAAAUUAAAAGGAGAUAAGUGAAAUUUCCAAUUAAACACAAAAAAAUCCAAAUGUAACAGACUCAUUGCAAAUUGAUUAAAGUAUUCAAAACAUAUCAAUUUAUUUGAUUUGAUUUGACAUUUUUAACAAGUGAAGUCUAGCCCAACCCUGUUUCUGUCAAUGGAUGAAUGUUCACUUGGACAAAGAGGCCAUGUAGUAAUGUAUUAGACCUUGUUCUGAUGAAGUAUGUGUCAGUCUAGUUGUGAUGCAGUAAUUUCUCCUCUAUAGUGCCUUUCACUGACACAGCCUGGCUUGACCAAUCUACGGACACACAGGGAAGAGGUCUGGCACAUUAAAAGUGAAAACAGGCAAAAUAGUCGAUGAAUGUAUCACAAUAAAGACAAUUGAGGAAUGUAUGAUCUUAACUGAUUCAUAAAUGAUCAUUUUGGUGGUUGAAAAGCCUCACACCAAACUGCUUGUGUAUGUGAAACUCUUACAUUAUUGUACAUUAUUCCAACAGCUGCUGCUGUAUAUCUGUUCACGGUGGACCAGUUUGCUGUUUUAUUUCCAGUAUUUUUUAAACUAAUAUUACAUUCCAAACUUUUUUAAAAGCCUACGUUAAUUUCAGCGGAAAAACUCUCCUCAUUGUGUGUCUUUUUAUUUGAGCAAGCCAGUUGCUGUCACAGUGUUUUUUGUAUCAUUCAUAUCUCCACGUCACAAACACCAUUCACCUGUGAUUUUUAUAUGAAUUUUACAUUUAGCAGUGGUGCCUCAGAGCUGACACAGGUAGUCUUUAGUCAACUUGUUUGCUGUGGUAUUUUGUGAUUAUUAUUGUGAAAUGCCUCAGAAGCAGCACUACUGCAUUUAAAAAAGACCAACUUUUUUUUUUGCCUCUAGCACAAAAAAUAUUAACUUCUGAAUGUCUUUUUGUUGCCUUGCAGUUUUGUACUUGCUCUGCUCCCUUUAAACUUUGAUAAUAGGGUUAUAGAGGUUGCACAGUGCUGCAGUUCAUGUAAAGUGUGUUACUUGUAAAGCACCAUAUAGCUGCAAUACAGGACAGAGACUGUUGCUAACAGCCUAGCCUCAAGCUGAGAAAUAUUAAUAGUCUGUGAUGUCACGUAUCAAUUAUCCUACUGUAUAAACUGUGGGCUGGACGCCAGGUCAAAGCUCUGUUUGAAAUGCCUUCUUAUCCCGUGAUCUGUGAUAGACUGAGUUUCUCUUGACACAUUGGAACAAAGUGGAUAGUGUGUCUGAAAUCUCUUACUGCAUCUGCUACAAUGGCAUGGAGUGAUAAUGCACAAAAUACCCAUUAAAUAACAGUACAAGCUUUCAGAUGUAGCCACUGAUGCCUUCAAAACAAAACAUCCUCCUUUAAACGCAGUACUCGCCCCCUUUGCGCACUGCAAUAGGAAUCAACAAGAGCACUCUGCUGUCCUGUAGUGCACAUUCAGAAACCUUACUGGGACUGAUUUAAUGUAAAGGAGACUGAAACAACAACACAUCUCUAAAAACGGAACAAGGACUGCUUGUGUUUUGAGCGUUAUGGUCCACUCUACAUUUAGUCCCAAGCAGUCACAUUCCUUGUAAACACAAAUGAUUUGAGCACAACAUCCAAACCAGAAUGUAAACCAAGGAAAUUGUAAACUUAUUGGGUCCUGAAGUGCACUUCCCAGAUAAUGCUAAGGCAUCAAUCAUGGCGCUGAACAGUCCUGCCUUAUACUGCCUCUUCAAUAUUCCAGAGAGGAAAACAAAGAACAAUGAAAUCGUCAGAAAGAAAAGAUUGAAACAAGCAGAGAUGUUUUGCAGGUGAUUUUAAUAACAUAAUCUCUAUGGGAGAAGCACUUUCCUAUCCUGUAUACAUCUUGAUUCAUUAAACAUAUUUAGACAAUUCAUUUUUGAUAUAGACUAGUGACUCUUCCUUUUUAUUUAAAUAUUCUAUGUUUUUAUUUUGUGUAAGAACUGUCUUCUUCAUUUUUGUCAUCUGGCACUUGUGUUGUUCUUCUGGAAUUGUGUAAAUAAUGUUUGAGGAGUCAAUUAAACAGUUUUCGUGGGA